AUGCCAACUAGAUGGCUUCAAAAUGACUUAUGGGAAUGUUUGGAUCUUGUUUCUAAAGAACCAUUUAUUGGAUUAUCAUCUUUAAUUCAACAUCGCGUACAAAGGAAAUUAGAGUAUGGUAGACUUAUAGAGAAUUUCAAGAAGGCUUUAAAUUAUUCGAUAGAAGACAAUAAUCAAAAAAAUCUGAAUGAGCUUAUUUUGACUUACAUUGCAAAAAAGGAGAGAAAACGGGAAGCUGAAGCUCUAUCAGUAAUUAUUGAGAAUCCAGUACCAAAUAAUAUUGUAAAACUAGCUGAUGAUCGCAUAUAUAAUGCAGAUAAUAUUAAAGAUCCAGUUGUACGUCAGGGUAAAAAUAGACAAGCCACUAAGUGCUUAAAGGCUUUUACUGAAGAAAAUAGUAAAGCAGCUACUAGCAAUAUGAAACACACUAAUAUUAGUAAUGAAGAGAAAGGAGUUGAAGUAAUAGGUUCAUGUAAAUGUCGUCUAUGUCAUGAAACAGGGCACUAUGCUCCUAAGUGUCCCAAUCGAGAAGAUUAA